CGCGAACAUCGAGAGGCUCGUCGGUGUGGACGUGGCACCUGCUGUGGGCUUGCGGGUGGUGACAUCGAGCCGGGCAAGGGACGUGAGCAAGGUCGGACUUCCCUGCCCAGGGACGAUCGUCAGCCUGAUGAAGGAGGGGCGAGCGUGUGCGGUGAAGUGGGACGAUGGUGACGGGCCGUACAAGUAUGGCACUUCGAAUGCUACAGGGUAUCAGCUUGCCGCCAUCUCCCCGCAGCACGAGCCCAGCCUUCCCAAACAGUGGGGCAAGAGGAUCAUGAGGGUUGUCUCCACCAUGUCCGAGAGGAUGCAGGAAAAGUUUGCGCGUCUGCAGCAGAUGCUGACGUCAGCUGGGUACGAGCUGGACUACAAGCAGGGGAGGGCCAGCAACGCUCUCGUCGAGCUGGGAACCACCCACAAGCACAUCUGCUUCUGCGUCAUCUUCCUCACCCACGAACUCCUCAAGGAGGUGCGGUCCGGGGGAUUCGUAAGGUCAGAGAUAGAGUUCUUGCAACAGCAUCUAGCGGAGCCGAGGAUGAUGAUAGUCAGCCUCGAGCCAGGUUGUUCUCUUGCUAGCUUGGGAGGUCUUGCCCAUCCCCUCGGGAGAAUUUCUUUCGUCGACUGCUCCCAGUCAUUUGGCAGAGGAACGGAAGGACUCAACGAUGUCGCAGCAGCGAUCAGGCAGCGAGCAGACCAACAGGAGGCUCCCAUGACAGCGAGGAGCAGAACGAGCUCGGGAAGAUGAUUCUCCUGC